AUGACAAGUCGCUACCCGCUGAAGGCAGGGACAAGCCUGCCCCUACAAGGAAUCUGUCUCACCCAGAGAUCUUCUCGCCACAGAGAUCGUCUCGCCGCGAAGAUACUUCGCCGCAACGAUCUCCCCAAGAAAGGACGAGAGCCCCCUCCGUCCGCACCACGCCGCUCGAGAAAAUCUUCCUCGAGCGACAAACCCCGCAGCUCGAAGAAAUCCUCCUCGAGCGAGAAGAUCCUCAAACUCAUGGAGAAUCUCGUCAAGCCGCUCGCCGACGGUUUCGAGUCAAUGCGAGCACAGCAGAAAAAGACUCAGGAACAGGUGGAAGCCCUAGCACGAGAAGACGAUGAAGAUCCGUCAAGUCCCACCUGA